ACAAUUAUUACGGUAAAAAAGUUGCACAAAUAACUAAAGUCAAAGAACAAAACAAAUGAGCGAAAAAACUAAAAGAGUUGGCAUAUACUUUGACUUGUGCUUCAACAUUGAAUUCAUGCAAUUGGAAUCAAUUCUCUUAUGUUAGUGGGUAAAGUAAUGGGUUAGGUGCGAGGUGGAGAAGAAGAGGGUAUCACUUUGUGGGUAUAUUAAAUAUCAGUUCUUUCUAUCAGAAUUGUAAACAAAAAUGGCCGAUUCCAAUUCGGAGUCUCCGCAAUCUAUUGGUCAAAUAUCUCAUUUGGCUCUUGAUAUUGGAGGCUCUUUGAUCAAGCUUGUUUAUUUCUCGAGAAAUAGUAGUAAUCAUGAUGGGGAGAGCUCAAACUCUUCACAUGGUGAUGGUAAUGAUACUCUACCUGUUUCCAACGUUAAUGGGAAACUUCCCAUUCUUGAUGGAAGGCUUCAUUUUGCAAAGUUUGAGACAACCAAAAUUAAUGAUUGCUUGGAGUUCAUUACUUCCAACAAACUUCACCUUGGUGAUGAACUCAGGUUUUCAGCAUCAUGAAAAUCCCACCAAGGACGAGAAGUUCAUUAAGGCCACAGGUGGCGGGGCAUACAAGUUUACCGAUCUUUUUAAAGAAAAACUCGGGUUUAGCCUUGACAAGGAAGAUGAAAUGGAUUGUCUUGUGGCAGGAGCAAAUUUUUUGCUUAAGGCAGUUCAUCGUGAAGCUUAUACAUACAUGGAUGGUCAGAAGGAAUUUGUGCAGAUUGAUAAUGAUCUCUACCCCUAUCUGCUUGUGAAUAUAGGAUCUGGUGUUAGCAUGAUCAAGGUAGAGGGAGAUGACAAAUUUGAACGAGUUAGUGGAACAAGUGUAGGAGGUGGUACUUUUUGGGGUUUGGGACAAUUAUUAACAAAAUGCAAGAGUUUUGACGAAUUGCUGGAGUUAAGUCACCGUGGAAAUAAUAGAAUGAUAGACAUGCUUGUAGGGGACAUCUAUGGCGGAACAGAUUAUUCAAAGUUUGGUCUUUCAUCGACAACUAUAGCUUCUAGCUUUGGGAAGGUUAUUUCUGGCAAUAAAGAGCUUGAAGAUUAUAAACCCGAAGAUGUUGCCAGGUCUCUUCUCAGAAUGAUUUCCAAUAACAUUGGGCAGAUAUCUUAUUUGAAUGCACUUCGAUUUGGGCUCAAGCGGAUAUUUUUUGGAGGAUUCUUCAUACGUGGUCAUUCUUAUACCAUGGACACAAUUUCAGUUGCAGUUCAUUUCUGGUCUAAAGGCGAGGCAAAAGCUAUGUUCUUGCGGCAUGAAGGGUUUCUUGGAGCUCUAGGUGCAUUCAGGAGCUACCGUAAACACAGUAUUGAAGAUUCAGCAGCUGAUAAAUCCAUGAAGGUCAAUGCUUUUUACGCUGCAGAUACAAAUUCAAACCCGCUAAAUGGGGAUUUGAACGAGAAUGGAAGCGUACAGUGCAGAAUAUAUGCAUCUUAGAAUUAGAAUGAAAUAUAUCAGAAAUUACUGGUCAGAUAUAUUUGUAGAAUGUGUAACAUAGUUAAAAUCAAGUGCUUAGUCAAGGUUAAGCACCAUGUCGAAUAACUUGUAGCUGAAGGAUCAUAGCAUGGGAGUAUCCGUGAAGCACAAUAGAGAAGACAGCUGCUCAUAGUUUGUUUACAUUCAUAUCUAAUAAAUACUGGAACUUUAAUAGUCUAAUAAAAUUGGCAUCUCAUCUUGUUAA